GACUACAACUGUAAAACCGCGUGGCGCGCUUUGGGUGUGUUUUCUUUUUUUUUUUUCUUCUUUUCUUUUUAUUAAGCUCAAAAUGCCAGAGUCUGAACUGAGUGUAAAGACCGAGUCCUCGGAAAACUGCUCGCCCCCGCCACUUCUCUUAGAAUCCGAGCUCCAUUCAUCUCUCUCGCAAAGGUGUUGUCAAAACGUGUUUUCUUGUAUUCCUCUCGUCUGCCGAGUGUUUCAUCAAAAGAUCAAUAAGAUGGACGGCCAACGACGUCCCGGGGUCAAACCGACCUCCACCACCCUCGGCUUCGAUUAUCUGAUGACGUCACUGGCUCGCUUGGAGCUCUCUGGCGACGUGUCAAAGGAGUACGCUAAACUGCCAACGCCUCAUAACUUCCCAUGUAAAGUCGGCAAAAGUGAGAGUGUGGCAAAGAAAAACAGAUACAAAGACAUAAUUCCAUAUGACCACAACCGCGUUGUUCUAAGUCCACAAACUUCAUCGCUCAUUGAUGCCAUGGAUGAGUCUGGAGACUACAUCAACGCCAGCUUUAUAAGGGGCUACACAAACAACGAUGGCUACAUCGCUACCCAGGGACCCAUGCUCGGAACUGUGGAAGACUUCUGGAGUUUGGUGUGGUCAGAAAACAGUCGUUUGAUAGCCAUGUUGUGCAGAAUUGUAGAACGAUGUCAGAAUCAGAGCUACAAAUACUGGCCGGAAGUUGGUGAGUGCCUGGAUGUGGAUGACGUCAUCAUCAAAACGGACGUGGAGGAUGACAGAGGUACUCACAUCAUCAGGAAAAUCGGAUUACGUCACAUGAAGACAGGUGAGCGCCGUGACGUCAUACACCUUCAGUUUCUGUCAUGGCCAGACAACUCCCUGCCGUGCUUGCCCACCUUCUUGACCUUUUGGAAAACGUUUCGGAAGUACAAGUGCCCUAGUUCUGGACUACCCAUCAUUCACUGCAGCAACGGCUCACACAGGACUGGUCUGCUCAUCGCCCUCGAUAGUCUUUUCACACAAUGGGAAGUGACGUCAACCAUCGAUGUCGUCUGCUGUGUGGUACGCAUGCGCGAAGACAGGGUUGGAUUUUUCCCCACUGAGAACGAAUACAGGUUUCUGUAUCACUCCGCUGUCGAAGCCUACAUGAGCCACCAAACGGACAGACCAAUGGAAUCAUUUCAUCGUACGGACAGUCUUGGACAAGUGACCAAUGAAGCAGCCUUAAAGACAAAGGACAUUCACAGGGAGUUUUCGUUCAUUGACAUGCAAAGAACCAAUCAGAGCACAGAUCCACGCCUGAUCACGUGUAACACCAACGGAAACGUUCUCGUUCUAGAUCUCAGCAUCGAGAGGCCGUUCCAGAGCUAUCAGCUGCAGUUCCCGUGCGACACCGGAAGCAUAUACGUCACAGCUGUACCGAUGUGCCACCAAACAAUCAAAAAACAAAUGGACGAGUACCCAAUCAGGUUGCGACAUUCUGUGUCUCUUCAAGAACAUGAAGUAUUUCUGGGCAUAGGCGGAGUCUUGCCAAACGACUGCAGAAACUCUUUCUUGGUGACUCCCAUUCCUGUCUCCUCACAGACCAUGGACUUUUGGCAGAUGAUCUUUGAUACUGGGUGUCAAUGUGUCGUUAGACUGGUGCCUCCCUCAGAAGCUGCCACAUUACAGCCGGACAAAAUGCCUUUAAACACAUCCGACUUUCAACUCAGUCUGACGUCACACGCUGCACUCAAUGACUACGUGUCUGAGACCAGCUUGUUGUUACGGACCACUACACAGGCCCUGGUUCCAUUUGAUAGUGAACUGCCAUCCACACUGACCAUACGAGUGUUCACAGUGACUUGGUCCAGCAGAGGUGACGCUAUUCCGCCCACAGAAUGUCUUUACUCUCUCCACCGGACCAUCAGCAACUUUCUGUUGGAGACGUCCACAUCACUCAUUGCUGUCCAGUGCCGUGAUGGUUGGGGCACAAGUGGUCAGUUCUGUGCUGCAUACAACGUGAUGGCUAGUCUGGCCAUAGACCAAUCAGUGGACGUGUACCUCCUGACCAGGACUGUACAGAACCGCAUGUCACACACAAUGUCACAGAAUGAAUACAGCUAUUUGUACCGGCUGUGUCAAGAAUAUCAUUGCCAAGAAAAGACAACUGUCAUAUAACAUCCGUUAUAAGAUUUGGAGAACGAAGACAUCUGUCGAGUCGGCAACAUCUGCCUCUGACAUAACCCUAACCCAGUCCCAGACGCCUCUGAUAUACUAGAUAUAGCUUUUCACAGACGCCUCUGACAUGGCUUGUCCAAGACGCCUUUGAUAUGUCUCUGAUGGUCCGGUAGAUCUGAUGACUUCUGUUUCUGUGAUAAGAUCAAGACGGCAAGGGAGAGUAUUUGUUUUGGUUUGAAUACUCCCCCAUUCAACACAAGAGACAUGAGCACCCUUAAACAUAUAUCACACACAUAUUACCACAUUUUGGGGUGUUUUUUUUUCUUCUAUAUUUUGUAUUUAAUGUAACGGUACAGUAAAAAAGUAAAAUUUAUUUUGUAAUAUUUAUGGAACGAAUCUACGUUUUCGAGAUUUUUUAUGUCGAUUUUUGUAAAGACUCACUUGAGUUUAUUAUUUUGUCUCAAUAUUUUAUUUAUGAUAUGAUUUGUUUGCGAUAAAUGUCUACCAUUAACAACAUGUACUCAAUACUCUGCACGCGUACAUAACAGUAGUCUCCAGACGACACUCCCAGCCUUUUAAACACGUGAUCGCCAUUUCAUUCUGUCACGAGCUACAAACUUCAAAUUGAACUCAAUGGAUCUUCUGCUUGUUACAAAGCUUAUAUCAACUCUGUCUGUCUGUCUGUCUGGUAAAAUGUUUGUACACGUUAUUUUUCGGAACAAGUUGAAACUUUGCACCAUUAUUCAUUGUCAUAGACGAGACAUAAAUCAAUUCUGAAAAAAAUUAACGAAUUUGUUAAUUAUUAAUUACUAUCGUUGGUGCCAACAGGGGAAAUGAAUCCUUCAUUAUUCCCUAAAGUAAGUGUACACAAUUCUUCCUCAUCCAUUCUCGGAUAAAGUUCAAACUUUUAACAAUUAUUGUACCUAACAAAACACGAAUGAAUUUAAAAAACUAUCCAAUUAUUGGGUAAUUUAUUAUUUUUGCUUGAUAUCGAAUAAGGGAAAUAACUUCUACAUUUUGGACGGAUAGUGUUGUAAGUGAUGAGUUCUUUCCCUUAGAUUUAAAAAAAAAAACUGAACCAUAGAACACCUGGAUCAAAAUGUUAGGUUCAUGUACAUAUUGAACCAUGGUCUUACACGUUAUUGUUAAAAUAGUCUUGUAUGAUUUGAAGUGACUCCACGAACAGUGUUACACUACCGUGUGGGCUAGUCAAUGCUUGUCUCAGAAGAAUUUCCUCAAGGAUAAUAAAGAUAUUACUAUUAUCAAAUAUUAUUAUUACUGUCAUUUUGCCUGUACAUUUUCAUCUCUAAUUGUGAUAUUAAAUGUUUAUUUAUGUAGAGUACUAAGACACUAGUUCAUCGUAUCUAAAACUCAUCCAGCAGUGGCGUAGCAAGGGUGGGAGAUGGGGGGGGCAAAUUUGAAAAUCCCUCCGUACCCCCAAUUGAGAAUCCCUCAAAUGAGUGUCCGAAAUUUGUUUUAACAUUAAAUAUUACGCCAUUAUUACAUGACAUGAUGUCCAAUGUAAAAAUACAGGGGCCCCUAACUCAGAGGUCAAGCCCCCCGGGCCCCCUAAAUCCUUAGCUACGCCAUUGUCAUCCAGACAUGUGUCCGUAUAUUGUUUCAUGUCUUCUGCUUGUGUUGAGUCACAUGUACAACUUUUGCCCAAUACAUGACUUACAGAACUGUUCGAAUAUAAUAGCACUGUUUGCACAUAACUCAUUGUUGAAUAGGAAACCGAAAGGUCCUAUGAUAGUUAUCAUUUCAUUUCAUUUUUUUCUUGUCUUUACAAUGAAGGAAAAGUUGAUGUAAAGCUGAGAGACCAAAACAGCUUGACUACGACUUGGUCACCUAACAAAAAGGCUCGAGUUUGAGUCCCGACUUGAGCAGAGUUGUGUUUUUGGUGAGCGCCUAAAAGCAGCAAGGAAACACCCUCUCCCCCUCUGGUCCACAAAAGAGAUUGGACCAGCGCGCGCUGAGCAUGGUGUCAGCCUAAAAGUUGCGCUAUACAAAAACAGCUUAAAAUAUUUUUUUUAAAACGUUAUUAAAAGGCUACAUUUAAAACAAAAUUAACACUCUCUAUAAUUUCUCUAUAUAAAUCUAUCACGUGACCAGUGGCGUAGCAUCCAUGGCGCGAAGGGGUUCAAUGAACCCGGUCCCACGAACGUUAAGGGCCCACAGCCGGUGGUGUAGCAACAAUGGCGCAAAGGGGUUGAUUGCACUUGGGCCCAUAACUCUUGGCCAGUUGGGGCCCACAUGAGAACUUAGGGAUGACACUAAAGAAAAACAAAUUGCAAUUUUGUAAAAAGUCAUGCCAUAUAGAAUCUGAAAGGCUCCCUCAAAAUAUCUAAAACGUGGCACAAAACUUUAUAUUAGUUUCAAAACAUGAACCAUGUGUUUGAAGCUAGAGUUAAUAUACCAGCAACUGCUAGUACUUAAGUGUAAGGAACUGUUCUCCAUCAGGUUUAAUGUCAUGGUGUUCAGCCCUAAGUGAACGAGGGGACUAGUGUUGCCAGAUCGUCCCUUUGUUUUCCCAUGUAUCUUCAUAAACCAUUGUUAGUAUUAAUAGUCUGUUAUUAUUUUAAUGGAGUGGGAAGAAGAGAAAGAGAGUUUGAUGUAGAAACUAUGAAUGUGUUGUAUAGAAAAUAAGGAAAGGGGCGAGUAACAAUGUCAAUCAGGGCUAGUGAGGUAGUCCUGAUGGUCAAGAAUUAAUAUUUCGACACAUCUACAAAUUAUUCAAUUUUUUAAAAAGCUUAAUCUGUUUCUUUUAUUUUCUGUAUUUAAAAUACGUAAAUUUAAAUAAUGUGAUUCACUUUCGGGAAAGUGUUACUAUAAGUGUAAGAUAUUUCUAUUACUAUUAUUAUAGAUUUAGGUUAAUCACUUUUCAAUUGCUUAUGAAUUAAUAUUGUGAAUUAUGAGAACUUACAAAUAAAAACCUAUAAAAAAAAGCACACAAAAGAGGCAUAUAAAGAGGCCCAAGGAUUCCUAUGAUAAUAAUAAUAAUAAUCUUUAUUGUCCGUAUGGAAAUUUGUCUUACAAUUUGUGCAUUUCACCAAACAAAAAUCAUUAUAACUAUAAGAAACCAAAGUGUACAUUCACACCAGACUCACUCAUAAUUUACAUGUGACAAAGUUUAUAUCAGAUUGUUCUUAUGAUGAUAAAGCUAAAACUGAAUAGCGCAAAUUCUGAGAUCUCCUUUUAAAGAACAAAAAAAGAUAUUAACAGACUUAAGAAAUGUUAUAAAAAUAAAAAAUAUUUUAAGAAUUUCUAUGACAGAGCAGGUUGGCAUCACCUUGUGUUCUUUCCAUAAAGCGAGAAACAGCUAAAAGUUUAGAAACAGAUGCCCCACUGGUUACUGACUUUGCUACUUAGAAGGCCAGAAAAAUGUUCGAUCUAGUUACUGUUAAAUGAUGGAAGUAGAAUUAGAUUAUAGUUUGUAUCAAUACACCUAGAAGUGCUUUAGGAAUGUAAAUGUGUAGAAUGUAGAACUCAUAAAACACUUCUUUAUUCAGUGGAAACAUCUUUAAGUCGUUUAAUUCUGUUCAGAAAUUGUACAAACAUUGACCUUUAAGACACUAACUGAAUCAAACGUAAAGACAUUAUUACUUAUAAAAAAAGGCUACUCUACUUGCAUUGGUCUUUUGGUAAACUUACCAAUAAAUUUAAAUUACUCAAUUUUUCUGUCUCACUUUACAUUCAUCUUAUUGGGGAAGGGGGCCCACCAGUGGCGUAGCUAGCAAUGUGCGGGCCGCACGGGGCAUCAUUUGACGAGGGGCAUCAAGCUAAGGACAAAUGUUGUCAGUACAAAUUACUUUCGAUCGACUGAUGACACAUUUACGACACACUCAUUUGGCAAUUUUGUCAAUUGAACAAAAGCUGAUAAGAAAAAAAAAGAUUUUGGUUAAAAUUAUUGAUAAAUUGCUAGUAAGAAAGUACUAAUAUUAUUUGUAUUAUCUUUUUGUAAAAUUAAUUGUAUUCCGAAUUAGCGAUACCUUAACAUUGAAUACACAUUGAUUUAGGAGAAAAAAAAUGGAUGGUUUACUGUUUCUUUCCUUUUUUUUUGGAGGGCAUCAUGAGGACCUGUCGCACCGGGCAUGAAAUGCCCUAGCUACGUCACUGGGGCCCACCAAGAUAUUCUUGCACCCGGGCCAACGGGUACCUUGCUACGCCACUGCAAGUGACCUAUUUUCUAUUUUUAUUUUUGUCUCUCAAGGUUGUGGGAUAUCUAUCAAAGUCUAAACCUGUGUAUAAUGAUUUAUUUGUAAACUUUCUAUUACGCCAUUCAAUUUACGAAUGUAUGCCAGAGCUUUGCUUGUUUAUAACCUACUGUAAGCUGUAUACACAAAAAAAAUGUUUGUUAUCAAUGUUGUCUCCAGCCUUCAAACAGAAUAAAUCCUUUAUUUUCUUUGACCAUUCAA